UUUCUUUUGAAAAACAAUGAUCAUUUCCUCCUAUUUUCUGACAUGUGACGGACCAAACUAGAAAAAUAACCAUAAUUUAUUUUUGCUUAUGUAAGUCAUGUUCAUCUAUUAUUAAAAAUAAUGAUUCUUUGCAGCAGUAGUAUGAAUAAUUUGUCAUUAAAUAAGACCAAAUAAAGAAUUGUUAAAAAAAACAGAUAUUAGAAAACAAAAUUGCAAAAGACACAUGUUCAUAUUUUUGAGGGGAUUAAUUAAUGGGAUAAUCGAUUGAUGAUCCAUCCUUCCAUUUUCUAAUCCGUUAAUCCUCACGAGGGUUGCGGGUGUGCUGGAGCCUAUUCCAGCUGUCUUUGGGUGGUAGGCGGGGGGACACCCUGAACUAGUUGCCAGCCAAUCACAGGCACGCAUCGACAAACAACCAUUCAUACUCACAAUCAAACUUCAGGUCAAUUUAGAGUGUUCCAUUAACCUAACGUGCAUGUUUUUGGAACGUGGGAGGAAACCGGAGAACCGUGACGAAAACCCACACAGGCACGAGGAGAACAUGCAAAUUCCACACAGGAAGGAACCCAUGACCUCCACACCAAUCAGUCAUCUACCUCGAAUGAUUACUGGACUUUUAAAAUAUUCAAUCAUGACAACCCUAGACAGCCAACCGGGAUACUUUCUCGCAGAGGAGAAUUGAGAUCACAAACCUGACAGUUGACAGAAUAUUGGCACUGUGUGGGCAGAACAGGGUUGUUUGAUUUAUACUUUGAUAGUCGGGAUGAUGCACCACGCUUCAUCCUUUAAAAAAAACAAAAAAAAAACCCUAAAAAACUUUCCCAUCUCAGUCAAGACCAUUUGUUUGAAAUGUUCUGUCACGCAAGUUUACUUUACAGAUAAAUUCAUUUAGGACGGCCCCACUUUAUUGAUUUGAUUAAAUCCGCUUGGUACAGGAGAAAUGAAGUACACCCACAUAAUUAAAUGAGAACUAAUACCCGACCUGUUUUAACAAAUAUUAUUUAAUGAAAUAAGUUGUAAUUUAACAAUAUGUUGACGAGUGUAACACCGGCCCUUAUUGAGUGACCCUCACGUAUCGAACCAAAAUAUAGUGACAGCUCACAAUACCGUAUGACGCAUCGCAGUUCCACACUAAUGCAAGUUACAAUCAUAAAAAUCCUUAAUAUGUGAGGAUAAGCGCUUUGGAUCACGGAUGGAUGGUUCUAAUCAUAAUUCUCUGACAGCAUCUCUUAAGGCAAACGUUCUCUUGUAUCAGAUGUCAUUACAUUACAGCGGUCAUAAUGUUGUGAAAGGUUCAUGUAAAGUAAUUAGCGGCUCAGAUUUGUGUUGCGGUGGGUUGUAAACCCGCAACAAUGAAUAAAAUGCAUGUCAUCGUAAAAUCCACGUUGAGCUGAGAACGUCUGCAAAAGAAAACAAAACAAAACAAAAAAAACCUCAGAGAUGUUAGUAAAAUAGUCUUCACAGACAUAAGGAUGUUGUAUCCGGUUUUAUGGCCCUGAAGAUUAGGGAACCAGACGAGACUGUUGCCAUCCUCAUCAAACAUUCAUCUUGCAUUACGGAGAAUGGCUUCUGUAUCGUCUGCUACACCUUUUGGAAAAUGGCACCAUUAAACUGAAAAGUGCAGUUCAACUCUGCGGAGUGAUCAUGUUGCAAAUGGCUUUCUCUCUCUUUAUCCGACAGGACGGCCCGUUUGCUGCGUUUGGGCAAAGGAGAAGAGAAGAGGAAGAAAGAUGAGACGUCACAUGACUGGACUUGGACCGGCGGAUCGUGCUCGCGUUCAGCGGACUUUUCUGUUAACUUGAAAAGCUUCUCCUGCCGGGGCGACGGACAUCUUCACGAAAUUUAAUUGAGGAUUUUUUUUUCCCCAGCGCUGUUUGUAGGAUUUGCUGGAUUGCUGCUGGGAACCGGUUCUGUAACUGCAAUCGAGCUUUGAUUGAGUGACCCGAUGCAGUUGGACUUUACCUGUCAAGGGUUUCAUCUUUUGGAUAUUACAUGUUUUACCUUGGAUCCAAUGUAUUGAUCAUCAUCACCGGGAUAUCCUCCUCCUGGGAUUCAAGUGGAUUUGGAGCACUUCCCCCGAUUUGAUCCUUGAAGACUUUGCUAGUCGUUAAGAGCGAGGUUGAUCUGGAUCUUUGCUAUGAAGGACAUGGAUGGCCCUCAAACUAGCGACCUGCGCAAGAAGAAGAAGUCGAGGUCGGAGAGGAAUCGGGAAAGGAGACCGAACGGGAUCAGCAACAAUCAUGUUAAGGGCUCCGUCUUUCACUUCUCAUCUGACUCGGAGCUGGAAGGCAACAAGGAGCCCUGCGCAUCUCGUCCGAGACCCCCACGGAGAAAACGAAAGGAGUCUAGUUCUGCUGAGGAAGACAUCAUCGAUGGUUUCUCUAUCGCCGGGUUUGUGACCUUGGAGGCUCUGGAGAAAAACCUGACGCUGAAGCCCCAAGAGCGCAGAGUGAACCCGGGUGUGCCCUUUCAUAAGAAAAAGUCAGCCAAGGUUCCCAACGGCCUGAGCCUGGAGCCCUUUAAGAACAACUUUCACCAUCACCAGCCAUCGGACCAGGAGAACAAUCCCCAUCUGGCGCACACACAAAGCAGGAAGAAGAAACGCAUGAGCAAUAAACGCGCAAUGCAGUUGAAGCCAGGUCAGAACAAGCGCAAAGACAGCGACAGUGAAAGCGUGAGUGGGGAGUCCAAGCCUUCCAUGAGGUGCAGCUCCAGAGACCGACUGACAGAUUGUGACACGGAGACUGACCAGGACGACAAGGUCUCUGAUGCCAGCUCCGAGAAAUUUUUCAGCACAGCUGCACUUAAAGUUCCAGAUUUUGGCAUCAAUGCGCUCUCCACCAAUGGCAGCCAGGCGCCUCACGGCCCAGGCCUCCUCAAGGUGUCAGGCCUAGAGCGCAGUCAAGAGAGGAGUCAGGAGAGCUGCAGGGACUCCCAACCUCCUUCAUCAAGCACCUCGAGUCUGCCUCCGCCUCCCCAAUCCCUGUCAUCGCCUCAGCCGCCAUCCCAACCUUUCCUCGCAAAGUCGCCAUCGUCUCGGAAGUCCCAGGCAAUCAGCUCUACUCCGGCUUCAGCCUCCAGUCAUCCAAUCCCCCUUCCAGAGGCUCCGCCCAGGCCUCAGACUCCCGCAGCUGUGCCUCUCGCCCAGGGCCGAAAGCACUCGCCGACACACCCUGCACGGCGCCAGCAUCACUUAGAACUGCUAUCCCAACCCCGGUCUCUACAUACACCCGGGGGUCACCCGCACCCACCGUCGGUUGCACCUCUGACCAACCACACUCAGCAGCAGCACCCCAGCCAGGCAGGGCCUCACCGGCCCCCGUCACGCUGCCAUCCCCGACCACUUUCUGCUUAUAACGUCCUCAACCUCAACGGCCACAGCAACAGCAGGAGUAGCACCCCGGGGAGCAAGCCCCAAGGGCCCCCUGCUCCUUCGUCCCACCUUCACCACCACCCACCUCCUCCUGUGCCAGCCGCCACCGCGUCAACUUUCCCCUUGCCUCUGGUGGCUAACCACAGCACCCCCCACAGCUUCCCCCCUGCAUUGCAGUCCUCACCGCACCCUCAUCACCCCAAUAUGUUCGCUCCUCCAGCGGCUUUGCCUCCACCACCACCGCUGACCUCUAGCACCCUGCCAGUACCGGGACAUCCUGCUGCUGGGAGUGCCUACUCGGAGCAAGACCUUCUGCGUCAGGAGCUCAACACACGUUUCUUGGCCUCGCAGAGCGCCGACCGCGGCGCCUCACUGGGCCCCCCGCCCUACCUGCGCACCGAGUUCCACCAGCACCAGCAUCAGCACCAGCAUCAGCACCAACACACCCACCAGCACACGCACCAGCACACCUUCACGCCAUUCCCCCACGCCAUUAUGCCCACCCCAGCACCGUCCAUGGUGCGUACCCCUGCCAGAAAUUUUGACAAGUACCCAACGAAAGUUGACCCCUUCUACAGACACAGUCUCUUUCACUCGUACCCACCGGCAAUGUCGGGCCUCCCACCCGUCAUUCCUCCAACUGGGCCCUUCAGCUCACUGCAGGGUGCCUUUCAGCCCAAGACCUCCAAUCCUCUCGAUGUGUCCUCGAGACCUGGCGCUGUCCCACAUACCUUCUUACAAAAGGACCCAAGGCUAGCAGAUCCAUUUCGGCCCAUACUCAGGAAGCCCGGAAAGUGGUGUGCCAUGCAUGUCCAUACUGCCUGGCAGAUAUACCACCAUCAACAAAAAGUCAAGCAGCAGAUGCAGGUCGAUCCUCACAAGUUAGACUUUGGCCUCAAGCCCGAGUUCCUGAGUCGACCACCGGGCCCUAGCCUCUUUGGUGCCAUUCAUCACCCCAGUGACCUGGCACGGCCUGCCACGCUCUUCUCAGCUGCAGGUCCAACACACCCAUCAGCAGGUCCCUUCAGCCAUCCACCCCACCACCCCGGAAACUUCCUCACCCCAGCAGCUCACUUAGAACCUUUCAGUCGGCCGCCUUCCUUCGGCGGGCUGGGAGCUCUCAGUUCAUCAGCGUUCGGAGGACUGGGAAAUCCAGCACUAAAAUCCCUGACAGCGGCCAACUCGAUGUUCGGCCAUAAAGAUGGCCCCAACUCGCAGCAGCACUUUGGUGGCGGUGCCAACAGCAACCACCAGGAGCCCUGGAACCGCCUUCACCGCACACCACCCUCCUUCCCAACACCCCCGCCUUGGCUGAAACCCGGAGACUCGGAGAGGAGCGCCUCGGUCAGCUCACACGAGAGAGACAGGGAUUCUGAAAAACGGGACUCAAUUAGCAGUAAAGAUGACAAAGACAGGGAAUCUGUGGAGAAACGUCACCCGAGCCACCCUUCCCCAGUCCCAGUGAACCCCAUCGGUCUUCUUGGUCACAGUCGUCCUCCUGAGCACCAUAGGAACCACCUGCCUCCGUCCUCUGGAGACCCGCAGAGAGACAAGGAGAACAAGGCCAAGGACAGAGAAAGGGAACUCCCAGACUCUUGGAAAGACGGCAGCACAGAUGACCACAAACUCAAAGACAACCAGCACAGCGAUAAAGACGCGCCCGCCAUCCAUGAUGGGAGAGUAUCAGAGGACAAAGUGCCCAACAGAGGCACAGCCUCGCCCUACAUCAGACAGACGAGUCUCGAACGUCCCAACGGCGGCCUGAGCAGGGAGCUGGUGGAGAAGAAGGGAGAGCUGCCGUUUGAGCACAAGAAGAACAGUGAGGUCAAAGUGAAAGAGGAACGUAAGGAGGACCAAGAUGGAGCGGCAGAGAAAACGAGCGAGCACUCGUUGGCGUCCUCCACGCCGAACCUGCACCCCCCGUCCUCGAUGCCGAUGCCCAUGGGCAUGGCAGGUGUUCAUCCAAUCAACAACAUGAGCGGUCUUGAGAGAACUCGAGUGGUGGCGCCCUUCAUGGGUAUCAGCCCCAUCCCUGGGGCCGAACGCUUCCCCUACCCCGCCUUCCAUUGGGAUCCGAUCAGGGACCCUUAUAGGGGAUUGGACAUUCACCGGCGGGACCCUCUGGCGAGGGAUCUGUUGCUCAGGAACGAUCCCCUCCACCGGCUGACAGCCCCGCGCCUUUACGAGGCCGAGCGUUCCUACAGGGAGCGCGAGCCUCACGACUUUAAUCGUGAGCACUUGCAUUCUCUCGCCUUGGAGCAGAGGAGGGAGCACGAGCGCGCUCAGUUGGAGGAACGCGAGCGGCUCCUUAGAGAGGACUACGAGCACGGCCGCAUUCACCCCGCCAUGCACCACCCGGUCCUUGACGGACAUCUACCCCACCACGCCCAAGGCCUCAUGGCCCCGGGACUUCCAGGCAUGCACUAUUCCAGGGUCAGCCCUUCAGCCGCCGCUGCCGCAGCCGCGGCUGCCGCCGCUGCCCACCAGAACAGUAUUCUGAAUAAAACUCCGCCCACCGCCUCUCUCAGCGCCCCGCCCCCGCUCAUCCCCACGCUCGGUGCCAGGCCAGGCUCGCCGAGACGGACUGCUCCCCUGGCCACCGAUAUUCGAGACAGACCUCCUCACAAGGACAUUGAGGCGCGGUGAGCUUGGACCUCGCUCACGGUAAAAACUCCCACCCAGCACUUAGCUUCGGGCAAAGCAAGACUGUAACAUAGCUGUGAAUAACUUAUGUGGGCGGACACAUGCCCACACAAGGAAUUGAUUUUGUCAAGACAAUAAUUACAGAAACAAACUUUUGAUUUUUCAGAUACCCCCCCCCCCCUCCCUCUCCCUCUCCAAUGUUGCUCCAGCUUUGUGUGCGUGUGCGUGUGUGUGUCCAGUCUUUCUAUUGUACAGCAAAGUGAAGUGAGAUUUUGGAAUGUACAGCUACUUUAGCACUGACCGGCCGCAAAAGUGUGUAGAUAAUAUGUACAGUCACUGUGCUUGCUUUGUAUGGAUCAUGGUACAAAUAUGCAAAAGGGUCAUUUGAAAGCUUUACUUUGGACAAAUGUACAUAGAGAAGUAUUUAGGCAGUGAUUCAGAAUGUGCUUUAGCUCUUUUUUUUUCUGGGAUUGACACAACAGAUUAGCAUUGUACCAGAGACCCCAUGUUCUACUAUGCAACAAGUCUGGCCGCCCACCAUCCAUCACCACGGCUCUUUACCAAUGAAGGACCAAAAAAAAAAAGCUGUAUUCUCCCCACAAUUUUACUAUGCUUUUCAAAUUGCUUGCUCAAUGUAGACAGAUCCAAGCUUUAAAUGAGGCAUUGCGAACUGAUAUUGUUUUGCCAAUCAUUUGGUACUUUGUAAGGACAAUCCAAAAAGACAAUAUUGCAUUUUAAAGAACUUUCUGUAUGAUAGAACCGGCAGCACAAAUGUGAAGACCAUCUCGAAUUCACUCGACUGCCUUUGGUUGUGGGGAGAAUACAUCGUUGGAACAAAAGGCAGCAGUUCGCUCCACAGAAGGCAUGUAAAGUACCUGUUUUUGGAAUUAGAUUCUGUUGGUGUAUUCAAAGUGCUUUCUUUCAUUGUGGUACCUACAAAAUCAAAAGAAAAAACCCUAAAAAAGCAAACUAUGGACAUUUUGUUUCUACCAAGAAGAGAUCUAUUUUAGUAGUCCACCGAAGGUUUAGUUGUGCGCUUCGAAUUCGGUGAACAUUUCGUGCAGUGUUAUUUUACUUCAACUUAAAAAUGUUACACCGGAGCCAUAGUGGUUAGUUGAUGCGUAUUGCAAAAAGAUUGUUAAAUGAGAUUUUUUUUUCUGUUAACUUGUACAGGUGAAAAAAAAACUGAAAGUCUUUGUAGAUCAUGUAUAAAAUUGUUGAAAAAAUUAAGUGACUGAAUCUUCAGCAUGCCCCUCAUUUAAACAUGUGUUAUGUAAAUUGUGCCAUGUUAUUAAAAAAUGUGUACUGAA